GGAUUUUCUUUUGUUUAUGGUUAAUUUUCUCCUGGUAAUAACAAAACAAGAAAAAAGAAAUUAUUUUUGUGAAAUUAAUUUUAUUUUAUUAUAAUUAUUUAUUGCAACAAAUCAAUUAUACACAUAAAAAAGGUCACCACCCCAAUGUGCCAAAUGGAAAUAGCGUCUUAACCUUCAAGGUUAUUUGUGCGUCAUCGAUGUGUCAUCACCUUGUUUAGAAAUUUCCUUUAUACCAAGAAAAGGAGUUUUUCUUCAAAUUAAAGUGUAAAAUCUGUUUAUUAAGUAACUUUUUACGGUUUUUACUUUUAGUUUUAAGCAGAAGUUUGAGAGCAAUCAUACAACCGACCGUUGACACUACAUACUGCUUACAAGCACUUGUAUGGAAAUUGCUGAUCCCACAUACUACUUCCUCCUAGCUCUGGUAGUAAUACCAGUAUACCUAUUUUUCAACUUGUGGUCUUGGUUAGGUUUUGAACUGUACAAAAAUAACUAAACAUGAGCCAGCAACAGUUUAAUGACAAGCAAACCCCUGUCAAUUUCCUGAAGAAGAACUUAACUCUGGACUUUUCUCAAGCUAAGAAAAACUUAAAUUUUCCAUUGUCCACUGGAGAGGGAGGCUUAACUGAUAUGCUUUCAUCUCCUGACUUGUUCAAGUUGAAAGUUGACACUCCGGAACUGGAAAAUAUGAUUCUUGACACCCAGAUGCCUAAUACACCCACCCCAUCAUUUCCCUUCCCCAAAAAUGUCACAGCAGAACAAGAAAGUUUUGCAGGAGGGUUUGUUGAAGCCUUAACGAAUUUACACAACAGCAACUCACAACAGGGCUCUGAUAGUAAUGCAAGCUCAAUUUAUAAUGAUACCCCAUUUAUAACCCAGAUUAAGGAGGAGCCUCAGACUGUACCUAAUAUAAGUAACAGUCCACCAGUUUCCCCAGUUAAUAUGGAAUAUCAGGAGAGGAUGAAACUGGAGAGAAAAAGGCAGAGGAAUAGGCUGGCGGCCUCGAAGUGUCGUUCCAGGAAACUGGAGCGCAUCUCAAAACUAGAAGACAAAGUAAAACUUUUGAAAACUGAGAAUGUCGAAUUGGGUUCCAUGAUUAAUCAACUUAAAGAAACUGUGGGAUUACUGAAACUGGAAGUAAUCGAACAUAACAAAAGUGGGUGUCAGUUGAUGCUUUAUUAACAUAUUUAUUUGUAUAGAGUUAAGAGAUAAUAUAUUUUACUUUUAUGUUUUAUAGAUUUAUAUUAGUUGUUUAAGAAAUUGUGAUUUGGCAAACAAUUGUGCGAAUUUUUUGGCCAUGAUGUAAUUUAUUUAUGAUACAUAUAUAUAUAUUUAUAUAUUACCAUUUAUUACGAAAAUAACACCAUUGGAAGCUCUAAUGCAUCAACUAAGUAUGUUUAGUUUUGUUAUUUGGUAAAAUAAGUGUAUUUUUAAUACAAUAUAUUGAAGUAAAUUAGA